UAAAUAAAGGCACUGCAAAUUUCUUUCAUCAACAUAUAUAUUCUCUCAUAAAAGCCAUAAAGCUCUCAACAAAAGAAAAAAAAAGUCUCAAUCUAUCUCUUCAAAUUUCAUUUGUGGAGUUGUAGAAGUCUAACUUCAUCAUUUGUAUAAUAACCAUUUGAAGAGAUGGGAGAAAUGACAAGUUUCCAGUUGGGUGUGGUGGGAGCACUGUUUCUAUCAGUAGCAUCAUCAGUCUCCAUUGUUAUUUGCAACAAAGCCUUGAUGAGUAAUCUUGGUUUUCCCUUUGCCACAACAUUAACAAGUUGGCAUCUGAUGGUGACAUAUUGCACACUUCAUGUGGCACUGAAAUUCAAUUUCUUUGAGAACAAGCCCAUUGACAUGAAGACUGUGAUGCUCUUUGGCAUAUUAAAUGGAGUAUCCAUUGGCUUUCUCAAUCUUAGCCUUGGCUUUAAUUCCAUUGGCUUCUACCAGAUGACAAAACUAGCAAUUAUACCUUUUACAGUACUAUUAGAGACCCUUUUCUUGAAAAAGCAGUUCAGUAAGAAUAUUAAGUUUGCACUGUUCAUUCUGCUGAUUGGAGUUGGCAUUGCCUCCAUCACUGAUCUUCAGCUCAAUUUUGUUGGAACAGUCCUUUCCCUUCUGGCCAUUGUUACAACUUGUGUUGGGCAAAUUCUGACAAACACAAUUCAAAAGAGGCUCAAUAUCUCAUCAACACAAUUGCUGUACCAAUCAGCCCCUUUCCAAGCAGCUAUUCUAUUUGUGACUGGGCCUUUCUUGGAUCAAUACCUUACAAAGCAAAAUGUUUUUGCCUACAAAUAUUCUCCUAUUGUUGUGGGAUUUAUAGUGCUAUCGUGUUUGAUUGCUGUAUCAGUGAACUUCAGCACAUUUUUAGUGAUUGGAAAGACAUCACCAGUGACAUAUCAAGUGUUAGGCCACCUUAAAACAUGUCUGGUUCUUGGAUUUGGCUACACGUUGUUGCAUGACCCUUUCACUUCAAGGAACAUCAUUGGAAUUCUUGUGGCUAUUAUUGGAAUGGGAUUAUAUUCCUAUUUUUGUGUCAAUGAAACCAAAAGGAAACAAGGAGACAUUUCUUCUCUGACUCAAGUUAAAGAGAAAGAUACCACUGCACCACUUCUAGCUGGGAAGAAUGGCCAAGUUAAAGAAAAUAAUUCCCUUGUUUAAAUUUUAGAGUUGAAAUGAAGUUGUUUUCGAUUAAAGAGUUUUUAUUUUUAAUUCAGAGACAUUCCACUUGAUGGAUGUAAAUGAUUUUUGGUUCAUAAAAUACCCUGCUCCUUUGUUCCAAGAUUCUGUCAUUUGCUAGAUUGUAUUUACUUCUUAAAUGUAGACAAAUGUGAUUAUAAGAAAUUCUUCAUUGCCCCUA